UCGGCUCCUCGCUUCACCCAAUGUCCGUUUUACCUAACUGCCCCCUCCAAACGACGGCGUUUGAUCAUUGUCGUCCCUGAAGCAAGGCCUCUUCUUUUUUCCUCUUUACCCUGUCUACACGGUUGUUACCUAGCGGAGCACAGCAGCGCCAAAUUCCAUGGUUUCGUCAGCCUCCACCUCGCUGUUGCUGCUUCACCAAUCACCAUCCCACUCCCACGCGCUUGCUGCAUCCGAUCUCCCACGCGCGCGCCACGAAUGGCCUCUGUGACAGGCGGCUCUCUCUCCCUCGCCGACUCCAUUUCCCGCCAAUUCUACUGUCCGAUGCUCCGCGGCGGAGACGAGGGGCGCGGCUACGAUCCCUUUUGCCAACGUUACCGGAUCGGCGUCCGACCCUAUAGUGAGCGAGCCCGAACGGAAGUCCGACUUGUCGGAUGCCGGCGGCGACGAGGAGGAGUGUCGUCGUCGAAGAAACUGGUAACGUGGGGGCUUCUGUGGAGUCUGCUGCUUAGGCAUAAAUUGAGAAUUGGAAUUUCAGUUCUCUCGCUUGUUGGCUGCACUAGUUGCACACUCUCCAUGCCCAUUUUCUCAGGGCGAUUCUUUGAAGUGCUUGUUGGUGUAAGGCAGGAGCCUCUGUGGAGCCUGCUGGCUAAAGUUGGAAUUGCAUACGCCAUGGAACCAAUUUUCACUGUCCUGUAUGUUGUUAACAUGAACGUUGUGUGGGAGAGUGUAAUGUCGACGCUUAGAGCUCAGAUUUUCAGGAGAGUUCUGAUUCAGAAGGUGGAGUUUUUUGAUCGGUACAAGGUUGGUGAAAUCAGUGCAUUAUUGACAAAUGAUUUGGGAUCUCUUAAAGAUGUUGUAAGUGAGAAUGUUUCAAGGGAUCGUGGGUUUAGGGCGCUUUCUGAGAUCAUUGGGACAGUUUCCAUCUUAUUCACCUUGGCUCCCCAGCUGGCUCCAAUAUUGGGCGCCCUGAUGCUUUCAAUUUCUGUUUUAGUUGCUGUGUACAAGCGAUCCACUGUUCCAGUUUUCAGAGCUCAUGGAAUGGCCCAAGCGUCAAUGUCUGAUUGUGUAUCAGAAACUUUUUCUGCUAUUCGUACUGUAAGAUCUUUUAGUGGUGAACAUCGCCAAAUGUCAAUGUUUGGUAACCAGGUUCUUGCUUACCGACGUAGUGGGAUCAGGCUUGGGAUGUUUAAAUCACUAAACGAAUCAGUGACAAGAGUCGCUGUUUACAUCUCUCUGAUUGCUUUAUAUUGUCUUGGAGGAAGUAAAGUGAAGGCUGGUGAAAUUUCUGUUGGGACUUUUGCUUCUUUUAUUGGAUACACUUUCACACUGACAUUCGCUGUUCAAGGCCUGGUCAAUACAUCUGGGGAUCUUCGUGCAAGUCUUGCUGCCGUUGAAAGAAUAAAUUCCGUGCUCUCUGGAGUAGAGGUAGAUGAAACCCUUGCCUAUGGUCUAGAAAAGGAAAUCCAGGAAAAGGAACAUCAUGACGAGGCAAUAAAAUUGUUCUCGGAUGAUGAUCAUAGCGGGAAGAACUCCCGGACCGUGCAUUACAUGUCAGCUUUAAAAUCAGCUAACAAUCUAUCUACUCUUGCUUGGUCUGCUGACAUUUGUCUCGAAGAUGUGCAUUUCUCCUAUCCCUUGAGACCUGAUGUAGAAAUUUUAAGUGGCCUCGAUUUGACCCUGAAGUGUGGAACCGUGACUGCUCUAGUUGGGCCAAGCGGUGCAGGCAAAAGCACUAUAGUACAGCUACUAUCACGAUUCUAUGAGCCAACCAAAGGUCGAAUAACACUCUCUGGGGAAGAUAUCAGGACAUUUGAAAAGACAGAGUGGGCUCGUGUGGUCUCCAUAGUAAACCAAGAACCAGUUCUUUUUUCGGUUUCAGUUGGAGAGAACAUUGCAUAUGGGCUUCCUGAUGAAAAUGUGUCCAAAGAUGACAUCAUAAAGGCUGCCAAAGCUGCAAAUGCACACGAGUUCAUAGUUUCACUGCCACAGGGUUACGACACUCUAGUUGGUGAGCGCGGAGGCUUGCUGAGUGGAGGGCAGAGGCAGAGGAUUGCUAUUGCGAGAGCGCUGCUCAAGAAUGCCCCAAUCCUUAUCCUUGAUGAGGCAACCAGUGCACUAGAUGCAGUUAGCGAACGGCUAGUCCAGGGAGCACUCAAUCAUCUGAUGAAAGGGAGGACGACAAUGGUAAUUGCUCACAGAUUAAGUACAGUUCAGAAUGCGCAUCAGAUUGCAGUUGUUACUGAUGGAAGGAUUGCAGAACUCGGAACCCAUUUACAGUUGCUGGCCGAAAAGGGUAAAUAUGAUACACUAGUCGGCACUCAAAGACUGGCUUUUGAAUGACUCAACCAUCCUUUUUAGCCUUUUUUUCAAUUUCCAUAGAAUAAUAGGACCACAGCCUCGUGUAAAUCAACAAUGAUGAGUUUUGAAUAUACAAAAGUUUUCUCCUCGAUACUCUUGCUGUCUUGCUUGUGGUAGUUUGGUAACUGAGGAUUGUUCCUAGUGACUCUCCAGAAUACAUAGUUUCUUCCUAUUCGGAAAUUGAAAUUACCGCAUUGAGUAUGGCCAGACAUUCAGUUGGGAGACUGAGAAAAGUGUUCAUGAAAACAUCAUCAAUUGGAUCAACUGAAGCCACCCCAACCAAUCUGCAUUUCCCUACUUUAUCCAACCUCUCCCCUACUCCAUUGCGGAUGCUUCCUCUCGAUUCCUCUGAAGUUAGCACCGUCUUCACCAGCAGCGGAGGAGCUCUGUAGAAACUCCCAGCAGAGAACCAGAAAUUGGCAACAAAUUCAAGUUCCACCUUACCUGAAUCUGGAGCAAUCCUGCCCUGAAAUGAUUCAGGGACUAUAUCAAUCUUCAGGCCCGGCGGCAAUGGCAACCCCAAAAUCCUGGUGGUCUCGCUCGUCAGUGGUGGAAUGUACAGAUUCUGCAGGUCGAAUGAUACUGAAAUAUGGUCACCAUCUUUAGUCCCAAUCCCAGUUCCUGUGCCACCUUUGGCAUUGUAGUCGAAAUCGGGAUACCUGGAGAUGCCAAGCUUGCAAGCUUCCAGAGUUUUGAAGCUGAUACUGUAAGCAUCGGAAUUCGGAAGCUUGGUUGUGCGGGUGGAUGCUUGCUGUUUUGGGCUUGAAGAAGCAAAAGAGGAGACUGCUGUAAUUCUGAAACUGGGUCUUAAAGUGGAGGACUUGAACACCAUUGGAGGGUUUAAAGCGUUGAUCUUACAACCCAUCUGUCAGUUUUUUUUCCGAGUGCUGAAGGUAAAAACUGGAAAUGGAGGAGGGUAUUGGAGUUCUUGGUGGAUGACAUGAUGAUGAUAUGAGUGGAUUAGAUAAGAGACAAAAAUUGGUGGCUACCAUUGAACUGCGAUCUUCGAGUCCCAUAAAGAAUUGUGACAUGGGCGUUGCGUAGAGCUGAUGUCACAUUUGAACAUGCUGCUGUCGAAUAUUCAAUCUAUCUAGU